AUGAGUAAUUGUUGGAGGAAAAAGAUUGGCGAGAGGAAGAAUUGCUUCUUUCAUUGCAACAAAUCAUUGGUCAAAAGGCCUAUCAAAGAAAGUGACUUUAUGAUUGUUGAAGAGAAUUCAAGUGAAUUUGAUGAGAAUUUAUAUGAGGUUGUGGCAGAAUUUUUGGUGAUCAGAAAGAAGUUUAUUUGCAAAACCAAUCCCAAUGCGAUAUUAACCAUUGACCUUACCGAAUUUCCCUUUGGAGACACUUUUGUCGUAUUUGGCUUCCAAGUCAAGCUUUUAGAGGAAGAUUUAUUUGAAAUGUUAAAUCGAGAUUCCCAUAUGUCGAGAGAAUUAGAUUUGAAACCAUGCAGAAUUUACUUGGUGAUGAUGGUUGGAAGUGUGCAGGGUUUAGAAAAUUUAAAUACGAAACUGGACGCAAGAAGCCGAAUGAGCUCCGAAGGUCUUUCAAAGAGAGGAUUGACAGGUAUGGCACAAGCAAUGGCAACGGAUGUUUAUAUGAGGGCCUAUGUGGAUCCAAUUAAUGGUAAUAAUGAUGUUUCGAAUAAUUGUAGUAUGCAGAGUUCUCCCUGUGCUAGUCUAAAGAUGGUUUUUAACAUAUUAGAAAGGAUUCCGAAUUAUGUUGAAGAUGGAAAAACAGCCUAUCUAGCAAUUUUCCUCAUGAAUAAUAUUGGACAAGCACAAAUUAAUGAAAAUUGUGGAAUUGUAGUUUCGAAUGCUUUUCAAAAGAAGUUUCCAGAAAUAUUAUUUUCCACAGAUUCGACACUCUACUUGAGAAAGUUGAGUUGUGGCAGUAAUCAAGGGUUUUUGAAAAGUAACAAUGAAGUAAUUCCAUUCCUGAUCCAAUUUUUCUAUAUGGACCUUUCUAAUAUUGCAAUUUCAGUACAAAACAACACUGAGGUUUGGACUCUACUUUGUAUCAUUUCUGAUUCAUCAUUCAAAAGUGAAAGAGUAACAUUUGAUACUUCUGAAAUCUUUGGAAUCAAUUCAGUCGAUUCGAAUAAUUUCAUAAUUGAUGGAACAACUUUACGAAAUGCAACUUUAAAUUUUAUUUGCAUGGAAGCUAGUUUAACGAUUAGAUAUAGUAACUUUAUUGAUUCGGCAUUGACAUUGGAUCCUCAACGAUUAUCCAGUACGAGAAGUAUUACCAUUUCGAGUUCACAUUUUAAAUAUUCGAAUCGUCCAAAUUUGAAGAGUUUUCCAAGUUAUUUCAUUACUAAUAAUAGAUAUCCAUUUGAGAAGUUUAUAAUUAGGGACAGUACGUUUGAGGGAAGUGGAAGGGAUUCGGAUAAUAUUGGAGGAAUUUCUAUUCCUCAUAUUUAUCCAUUUAUUUUGGAUGUCGAUGGAUCAAACUUUAAGAAACUCUAUUCGAAAGAAGGUGGAGCUCUUAAUAUUGCUGGUUAUUCUACAGUUAUCAUCAGUCGAACAGUAUUUGAUUCGAAUAGAGCUUUAUACAUGGGUGGCUCUAUUCGAUUGAAAGGUUUAGCAUCAAGAGCCAACUUUCUCCAAUGCACCUUCCUAAACAAUGAACAAAUUGUACAAAAUUAUGCAUCUUCCAGUAGUGAACUAUCUUCCAAUGCACUCUAUGGAGGAGGUGCCAUUUACUUUUCACAAGAUUCGCCUUCUUCUAUUCUAUUUAACACUUGUGUCUUUAAGAAUAAUAGUGCAGGAGGUUUGGGUGGGGCUUUUUUGAGUUAUUCUGGAAGAUCAGAUGAGUUUAUAUUUGUGGAAUCUGAAAUUAAUGGAAAUAGGGCUGGAUAUUAUGGUGGAGGAAUUGCAGUUUUGGUCAACCCAUCACUUUCCAUUUAUGAUGAAUAUGUUUCAAUAUUUGAUGCCAAAAAAACAAAGAUUUUGAGAAAUGAAGCAACUAUAGGAGGUGGAUUAUUCUUCAAUACAUUGGAUACAAUUAGUUUGGAUUCAGAAUCGUCAAUUUCCAACAAUGUUGCCACCAAAUAUUCACCAGGAGUAUUUUACAAUAAGAUUAAUAAGUUGCAGAAUUCUGCAGUGGUUGACAAUAACUAUAUUAGAGAUGGUUCAUCAAUUAUUCAAUCCCAAACUAAUCAAUAUCCUUCAACAAUAUCUCUAUUUCAGCAGGAUCAAAUUAGUGAACUUUCUAAUGCUGAAAUUAUUCCUGGCUACACUCAAAUAUUUUAUGCCAAGUUUAAGGAUGCAAAUGGAAACCUUGCAAAUACUUCACUCCUAUUCAACAUGCAAACCUAUUGGAAACUCACACUAACUUCAAUUGAGGGAACCAUUAUUAUUGAUGAUUUGAAUUUCAGUCCAUCUGGAGACUUUCUCAUGAUUGAAUGCAAAACCUCCUUAUUGAGAAGAGACAUUAAGGGAGACAGAUUUUCAUUAAGUAUGACAAUGGACACAAAAUCUGCUCUUCAGGCAUUUUCUGACAUGCAAGUUGUCAAAUCUUUCAAUAUUUCUGUUGGAUCAUGCGGAGCCGCUGAAUAUAUUGAAGUGAGAACAGCCAACGAUGGAAAUGACUAUUAUAUUUGUUCAAACAGACCAUCUAUCAUUGUUGGAGUUACGAUUUCAGCAUUGUUUGUGGGUUGCAUUGUUUGUAUUGUGUUGGUUAUUUUCACUGUGAAAUUCUGUUUCUUGUAUAAGGACCAGAGAAGAAAGGCCAAGAAGGAAAAGGAAUUGGAAAUGAAAUUAAGAGAUUUUGAGUUGAAUUAUACUAAACUUGGCGACACUAAUGCUUCUGCACUUUCUAGUCAAUCUGCUUCUGGCAUUGAUUAUUGGAUGAUUAAGGAAGAGGACAUUGAAAUUCAACAAAAGGUUGCAGAAGGCGCUCAGGGUAGUGUUUUUAAAGGAAAAUGGUUUAUUGAAAUUUUGAUUAGCAAUAUUUAUUCGAAAUUCAGAGAUUUGAAACCUGGAAAUGUAUUACUUGACAAUCAAAUGAAAGCCAAAAUUUGUGAUUUGGGAGUUAGUAAAAUUGUGGCCGACAACAUGGUCGAGAAAACAAAUCAAAUUGGAACUUUCAAUUUCAUGGCCAUCGAGACCUUUAAUGGAACUGAGUAUAAUGAGAAGUGUGAUGUUUUCAGUUAUGCAAUCAUUUUGUGGCAAUUGAUUUUUGAGGAGAAUGCAAUUUAUUCCAAUGAAUUAUUGAAAAACAAACGAGUGAGCUAUUUCAUGACUGAUCAGGAUAGACAAGUUUAUGAAAAGUUGACACCUCAAAAUUUCAAUAAUUAUUAUAUUGCCAAGUUGAUUAGUGAAGGAUUGAGAUAUCCACUGCCUUCAAUAUCUAAAAGUUUGGAAGAGGAAAAGAAACUCUUUGUAUGGGUUGAGGAAUAUAUGAACCAGGAAGGAAUUGAUACUAGUAGACUCACUAUUCGAAUCUUACCAAUUUAUUUCUCAUUAAUUGAGUCAUGUUGGAGAGCAGAUUACAAUCAAAGACCAAGUUUUUCAUUCAUUGUAAAGAAACUCCAAGAAAUGAUUGAGUUGGCAGAUAAAAUUUAA